AUGAUGGACCUUGAAUCUGACCUGGACUUGCAAAACCGCGAGAGUUCAUACGCGAAUUACUUGCCCGACGAAUUAUUGCUCCAGGUUCUGGACUUUUUGCCGCAGAGUGAGGAGAGUCAGGCUACGUUGGCAAACUUCGUGUUAGUGUCGAGACAAUGGUACUCCGUCGGCAUCGCCCGCCUCUACGCCACCCCCUACCUCGUCGGCCAACGCUACACCCACUUCGUCCGCACCCUCUGCCCCUCCGUCAUCCCCCGCAUCAAACGCUCCGAACUCGCCGGCCUCGUAAAAGCCCUCGACCUCUCCCGCAUCGUCCACCAAGGCGCCAAAUCCACCACCGCCCGCCUCCUCGGCCGCACAAAAAACAGCCUCGAGCUCUUCAUCGCGCCGCAGGCCUCCUUCGCGAUAAACUGCUGGGCUGCCCUCUCGAAAUGCACGAGCCUGAAGGUUCUCGAUCUGGGCCUCGUUAGUGAAGCGAUAAGCUACCAGAGCUUGAACCAGACGCUGAGACAGCUCGUCAGGCUGGAGGAGCUCUACAUGCCGCGCUGUAGCACGGAAUUCGGCCUCGGUCCCGAACUCCUAACUUGCCGUCUCCACUGGCCGCCCCACCUGCAGCACCUCUCCAUGUCGGGCUCCGUAAACGGGAAGUUCCUCUGGGAAAUGCUCCGCCAGCCGGAAACGUUUCCCUCGAGCCUACACUCCAUGUCGCUGCUGCACUGUCCUGGCCUAGACCAGCAGGGCAUAAAGCCGCUACUGAGUAAUCUCGCGGAUCGGCUGACUGUCGUGGAGCUAAGAGACCUACCGGCUGUGAAACAGGGCAGGUUUAAUGGCGUGCUGGGUUGGCUUCCAAAUCUUACGGAUAUUACGGUAGCGCUUGAUUAUAUUGACGAGGACUUCGGACGGCGCCCUGGAGACUUCUCACCCGAAACACACUGGCAUCUGGCUAAACCUUUGACCUCUCUCACGCUCGUUACCUCCGGACACCAAGAGUACGACCCCCGGCGCGCUUUCACCCUCGUAGAUCUCUGGGAUCUGAUAGACACGCGGUACUUCGGGCGGCUAAGGAGACUGUACGUGGCAGCGAGUACGGGGUGGGAGAAGGUAGACGAGGGCGCGCUGUGGGAGACAGUGAGGGUAGGGCUGGAGGGUUUGGAUAGAGAGAAUUGGGAGAAGCGCAGAUGGCACUAUGAGUUUCUGAGGGGCGUGCCGGAGGAUAUGCAGUAUGAGGAGUGGGCAGAGACAAGGGAGGGGUGGCGGAAUAGACCGCGGGCGCAGUUCAUCAGAAACAUCUGA